AUGCGAAGCCUAGGAAUAGUGGCGUGUCUGCAAUUAGUUUCAGGAUUCCUUAGGGAGAUGCCUUUGAAUACAAUUGGUCUGACCGAGGGGCAAGCACACCUUAUCAAUGGAAUCAAGCGAAGCGACGGCUGGCAACUUAAAAAUGGCGCCGCCGGAUCGGUUGUGAACUUCUACAACAAAAACAAUGACCAGGACGAGUGGAGUCUUGAAAUGGUCAUAAAAGAGCCCGAACUAACACAUCCCGAAUUUGCAGGAGUCUAUCUUUGGUACACUGAAGACCCUUUGACUGUUGGGCCGUAUAAAGGCGGAUGGGGGAAGUUCAAUGGAGUGCUAGCUGGUAUUGAGUUCAUUGGGCGGUCAGUCGACAUUGUUGUUUCAGUAAACCAUGGCAACGCAGACUAUGCCCACAGCAGAAGCGAGGACACCGAGCUAAAAGACUCACCAGACCCGAAUGUCUUCCGCGGGCACAAAGAGCUUACUUUCAAGGUUAUCUCCACCACAAAGAACUUCAAGAUUGAAAUCUAUGGUGAAGAUGGCAAAUUAAUCUACGACCGAAUUAGAUACGCGGCCAUGACAGAAAUUGGCACCCGUCUAUCAGGCAAAUACUUUGGGAUUAGUACGGACUAUCACAGCGCCAAGCCGUCCUCGAGCAUUAUUCUCAAGAAAGUGCACAUGAACUCACGGGAAGAAGGAGAAACAUACGAUCCAAGCAAAGUGCAUACUGAAAUUCCCGAAAUCAUUCCUCGUGUUCCCCACGAAGUCAACCAUCCCGAAGAAGAGAUCCAGCAUGCUAUUGCUGGUAUUGAGCAUUUAGCCAAAUACCUAAGGGUAGUGCUAGGCGAGCCGUUGAGCAAACCAAUUACCGAAAACAUUCUCUAUCUCAAAAAGAGCAUCAAUUUCCAGAGUGCCCAUAUUUUGGAAAUAAGAGAUGCACUGAAAGCCCUAGCAGAGAUAAGCAAAAAGCACGCCGAAGUUGAAGAGUUCAAAAGAAACGAGAUUCUUUUAGAUAUCAAAGCAUUGCACGCAGAAAUGCAGUCUAUGCGCUUACACCGAGAAAGCCAGCCGGUUAAUGAAGGAAUCAGCCCGCUAACUUUAGUAGUCUUUGGCCUAGUUGCCUUUGCUGGCGGCUGCUUAAUUGCCAACCGUUUCUCUACUCCCAAAAAGCUAGCUAUGCACUAA